CCCUUGCCGUCGGGACGAAGAACCCGCUUUCUCAGAAACCGUAAUCUCACGUAUUCAAAAAACUCCAUUUGAACUCCCAAUCUCUGCAAAUCUGGAUUCACACCUAUCUCGGAGAUGGAGAUCGAUUCCGUCGCAGCUGGCUCUUGCUCCAAGGAGAAUCAAAUUAUCUACAAGGACUGGUUCGAAUUCGCCGAUUCAGACGGAGAUGGACGCAUUACUGGUAGCGAUGCGAUCAAGUUCUUCUCCAUGUCGAAUCUGCCUCGACCUGAGUUGAAGCAGGUCUGGGCGAUUGCAGAUGCAAAGAGACAAGGCUAUCUUGGAUUCAAAGAGUUUAUCGUUGCUAUGCAGCUUGUUUCUUUGGCUCAAACUGGUCAUGAGAUAUCGCAUGAAGUUCUUCAUAGUGACGUUGAUUUCAAAAAUAUGAAUCCUCCUGUUAUGGAUGGUCUCAUCGUAUUAAUGGCGGUUAGUAUUUGGGCCUGCAUUUUCCAUUUCAUGUCUUUUAAGUUUGAAUAUAUGUUACUUACGACUGUGCAUUUAACGACGCAGAAGAAGAAGAAACAUUCACCAAAGUCGAGUGAUCCGAAUGGUAGUCCGGCUGCAGAUGCAUCACUUACAGCUCAUUGGUUCUCUUCCAAAUCUUCAAAAAAGAUUUCUCUGUCCUCCGUAACAUCUAUAAUCGAUGGCCUGAAGAGGUUGUACAUUCAGAAGCUGAAGCCACUUGAAGUUGCUUAUCAGUUUAACGAUUUUGUAUCUCCUUUGUUGACGAACAGUGAUUUCGACGCCAAACCUAUGGUAAUGCUUCUGGGUCAGUACUCCACAGGGAAAACAACUUUCAUUAAGCAUAUGCUUAAAUCUAGUUAUCCAGGAGCUCAUAUUGGACCAGAACCAACUACUGACAGAUUUGUUGUCGUCAUGUCUGGACCUGAUGAAAGAAGUAUCCCGGGGAACACAGUAGCGGUUCAAGCAGAUAUGCCAUUCAGUGGUCUUACAAGUUUUGGGACUGCCUUUUUGUCGAAGUUUGAAUGUUCUCAGAUGCCUCACCCUCUGCUGGAGCACAUAACAUUUGUCGAUACUCCUGGAGUUUUAUCAGGGGAGAAGCAACGGACUCAACGAGCAUAUGAAUUCACAGGUGUUACAUCAUGGUUUGCCUCGAAGUGCGAUCUCAUCCUCCUCCUGUUCGAUCCACACAAGCUGGAUGUAAGCGAUGAGUUCAAGCGGGUUAUUUCAUCUUUACGUGGUCAUGAUGACAAGAUCCGCGUUGUUCUGAAUAAGGCUGACCAAGUGGACACUCAGCAGCUAAUGAGGGUGUAUGGAGCUCUCAUGUGGUCACUUGGAAAAGUUCUCAAUACUCCUGAGGUUGCCCGUGUCUACAUUGGAUCGUUCAGUGAUAAACCCAUUAACGAAGCUUCAACUGGUCCAAUUGGGAGAGAAUUGUUUGAAAUGGAGCAAGAAGAUCUUCUCUCUGAUCUGAAAAACAUUCCAAAGAAAGCUUGUGAUCGGCGAAUAAAUGAGUUUGUGAAACGGGCAAGAGCUGCAAAGAUACAUGCGUACAUCAUCAGCCAUUUGAAGAAAGAGAUGCCAGCCAUAAUGGGAAAAGCCAAAGCUCAACAAAAACUGAUGGAUAACUUGGAAGACGUCUUUGGAAAGGUACAAAGAGAGCAUCAUUUACCAAAAGGAGAUUUCCCAAACGUGGACCAGUUUAGGGAGGUGCUAAGUGGUUACAACUUCGACAAGUUUGAGAAGCUAAAGCCUAAAAAUGUUGCAGACUGUUGAUGAUAUGUUGGGGUAUGACAUUCCGGAGCUCUUGAAAAAUUUCAAAAACCCUUAUGAUUAAUACCAUUAUCCCGUCUUAGCUAUGUGCUUACUGUUUUAACCCUAAUCUUGCACUCACCUUUGGCCCUAGAACUUCCUUUUCGAGCAUAAAAGCACAUUUGUAUUGUUAAAAGACUUGUACACCACUAAGACACAAAGAGUACUUACAAAACAAAAGUAUUGAAUAUCAAUAUCAAGUCUUGGCAUUGUUUGGUU